AAAAAACAAUAUCCUCGACUUACAACCAGCCCUCCAAUAUAAUACAAGAACACCGCAAUGCCAUGAGUUGAUAUAGUUUUACUGAGAUCGCUUCGACCCUCUAUAAACUCCGACGGCUUCAGUUCGAAGUUCGAAACGGGUUGAGAAGGUUGCGCCGGGCUAUGAGGUUAUAAAAACCGUUAGCCAUGAAUAUCUCACAGCCAAUCCAGUCGGCUAUCGACAGCGUCGACUUCGACUUCCUCACUCCAGCCGAGAUCAAAGCUAUUUCUGUCAAGAGGAUUGAAAACCCGACCACAUUUGAUAGUCUUUUAAAUCCGAUACCCGGUGGACUUUACGAUCCAGCUCUUGGAGCGUGGGGAGAUUCGGUAUGCACAACAUGUAAUCUCACGCAGCCGAAUUGUCCAGGCCAUGUCGGCCAUAUCGACCUUCCAGUCCCUGUAUAUCAUCCUGUUUUUAUGGACCAGAUUUUAAGAUUACUACGCGCGCAAUGUCAAUAUUGCUUUCGCUUUCGAAUGCGACGGGCCGAUCUAAGCCUGGUCGCCUGCAAGCUACGUCUUCUCCAGUUUGGCCUUAUAGAUGCGGCAAAUCAUCUCGACGAUAUUACAGCCGAGACUACCGAUAUCCAAAUCGAUGAUGAUGAAAAUCUUUCCGAAGGAGAAGAAAGCUCAGCGCUGGACAAAAUAACUCGCAUGAGAGAAGUUUAUACCCAGACAACGUUAAAGAACCAUAGGGUUGGGACCGCCGACAUCAGGAAGGGAAAACAUGAGGGUGCAUCUGAGGCAAGGAGAGAAGUGCUUAAGAAUUUCUUUAGGGAAAUAACCAAAGGCAGAGCGUGCGCUACAUGCGAGGCGAUAUCUCCAAACUUCCGAAAGGACCGGUUCGUCAAAAUCUUCGAGAAGCCACUCAGCGCCAAGGACCAAGCCAAAAUGGCGCUACGAAAUUUCGAGCAUAGAGAUGCCUUAGCUAUCAAAAGGAGAUCCAAGGCAGACGUAACCAAGAAGCGUGGCUACGAGACGGACGAAGGUAUCGCUGACAUUGAUUUACCAUCGAGUGAGGGAGAGCCCGACCGGGAUAAUGACGAAGAGGAGGAGGAAGAGGGAGAGGGCGAAGAGCUUGACGAAAAUGGCGAUGUGAUCAUGUCAGAAGGUGGCGACGCAGCUACUAAGGCGAAGAAGGACGUAUCGGCCAAAUCUCAGCAGCGUUAUGUCAACUCGAUGGAAGUACAGGCUCGGCUUCAACUCUUGUUUGAAAAAGAGCAAGAAAUAAUGAGCCUUGUUUACAACUCGAGACCUCUAGGGAAGAAACUCCCUGCCGACAACUUCUUCAUCCAAACCGUCCUUGUUCCGCCUAACAAAUACCGCCCCGAGGCGCGACAAGGCGACGGAGGAAUUGCAGAAGCCCAGCAGAACUCCCUUUACAAGCAAAUUCUUGCAUCUUGUGCGCGCAUUGCUCAGAUACAUAAGGAAAUCACGCAGCCUGGAAAUGAUCCCGAUUCGACAACCCGGCGGCGAGACAUGUCUGAAAUGCAUGAGGCCUGUGUUCAAUUGCAAGAUAGUGUAAAUUCUUUAAUUGACCGUGAUAGAAAUCCCAUCCGCGGAGCCGCUGGAAAGAGGAAUGAAGACGGUAUCAAACAGAAGCUCGAAAAGAAAGAAGGACUUUUCAGAAAAAACAUGAUGGGCAAGCGUGUUAACUACGCCGCACGAAGUGUCAUUUCUCCAGAUCCUAACAUUGAGACCAGCGAAAUAGGUGUCCCUCCCGUCUUUGCUAAAAAGUUAACAUAUCCGGAACCGGUAACCAGCCAUAAUUUUAGAGAAAUGCAACAGGCAGUUAUCAAUGGUGUCGACAAAUGGCCCGGUGCCACCGCGAUUGAGAAUGAGAACGGGCAAAUUAUUAACCUGAAGAACAAAUCUGCGGAGGACCGUGUUGCCUUAGCCAACCAACUUCUUGCGCCGACAAGCCAAGAAUAUGCUGGGGUGAAAGGCAAAAAGGUCCACCGGCAUCUUGGAAACGGCGAUGUGGUGUUGAUGAAUCGUCAGCCCACGCUUCACAAACCCUCCAUCAUGGGUCAUCGAGCCAGAGUCCUGCCUGGGGAAAAGACUAUUCGUAUGCACUACGCGAAUUGUAACACGUACAACGCAGAUUUCGAUGGUGACGAAAUGAAUAUGCAUUUCCCUCAAAAUGAGCUUGCUCGAGCAGAAGCUUUAAAGAUUGCUGAUACAGACCAUCAGUACCUAUCAGCUACUGCCGGGAAACCCCUGCGAGGUCUGAUUCAGGAUCAUCUGUCUGUGUCCGUUGCGCUCUGCAAUAAGGAUACAUUUUUCGAUAAAGGCGCAUAUCAGCAGCUUGUAUAUGGCGCGUUAAGACCUGAAAGUGGUCAUAUCACAUCUGAAAGGCUUGAGCUUGUCCCGCCGGCUAUCUUCAAGCCUGCUAGGCGUUGGACUGGAAAACAGGUUAUUACAACCAUAUUGAAGAAUAUGAAGCCAGCUGGUUGCGGUGAUCUCUGGCUCACCGGGAAAUCACAGUUAAAACCACCUUCUUGGGGCAACUUUCUCGAAGAGAGCAAUGUCUUGUUUAGCGACGGCGAAUUCAUUACCGGUAUCCUUGAUAAGUCACAGCUAGGUCCUAGUGCCGGUGGAUUUAUACACGCUAUCCAUGAAAUCUGGGGUCCUGAACUUGCCGCCAAGCUUCUCAGCUGUCUUGGUCGCCUUCUUACCCGGUACCUCAAUAUGCGCGCUUUCACUUGCGGUAUGGACGAUUUACGACUCACGCCAGAGGGUGAGAGGAGCCGCAAGGAGAAGCUUAAGAGCGCCAGCCAUAUCGGUCUUGAAGUUGCUGCACAAUUUGUGAGUCUGGGUGACCGCCCCAAUAUUACUAACACGGAUGAGCUGCUACUGGAACGGUUAGAAGAGGUUAUGCGUGACGAUACGAAGCAAGAAGGCCUCGAUCGCAUGAUGAACUCUCGAUCGCGCGAUCUGUCUAGCGAAGUCAAUAAGACUCUUCCCGCAGGUCUUGUAAAACAAUUCCCUAAGAAUCAGAUGCAGUCUAUGACAACAUCCGGUGCAAAGGGAAGUACUGUUAAUGCAAACUUGAUUUCUUGUAACCUCGGUCAACAGGUUCUUGAAGGUCGAAGAGUCCCUCUAAUGGUUAGCGGCAAGUCGUUGCCAUGCUUCCGUCCGUUUGAAACAAGUGUGCGAGCAGGUGGUUAUAUUGUGAACCGUUUCUUGACUGGAAUUCGGCCCCAGGAAUAUUAUUUCCAUCACAUGGCUGGACGAGAAGGUUUAAUUGAUACUGCUGUGAAGACGUCACGAUCCGGUUAUCUACAAAGAUGUCUAAUCAAGGGAAUGGAAGGCCUGAAAGUUGCUUACGAUUCGUCUGUACGAGAUGCUGACGGAUCAAUGGUUCAGUUCUUAUACGGAGAAGACGGCUUAGAUAUCACCAAGCAGAAAUACUUGACUGAUUUCGGCUUUGUGCUUCGCAACCAGACAUCUGAGGUCAAUUUACUCGGUAUUGGAGAUAGGGGAUGGGAUCAAGAAAUCUACGAAUCCAAGGACUACGCUCAAAAGUACCAAAAGAAAGCCAUCAAGCAGGCCAAGGCGAAUGAUCCAAAGGCCCUCGACCCCAUUCACACUGAGCUUAAUCCUAACCGCCAUGCGUUCUCUACGUCAGAAAAGUUCUACGAGAAGGUAUCUGAAUAUAUCAAGAAAAACCAAGACGGUCUGAUCAAGGAGAAGGGCGAGAAGAAAUCAGGUGCUAUGCUCAUCCCCCGUAAAUACGCCGAGAAGAUAUUCCAUGCCAAAUAUCUCCACUCCCUAGUGGAACCAGGUGAGGCUGUAGGUAUCGUUGCUGGCCAAUCCGUCGGUGAGCCUUCGACUCAAAUGACAUUGAACACGUUCCAUUUGGCUGGUCACUCUGCGAAGAACGUCACUCUUGGUAUCCCCCGUUUGCGAGAAAUUCUCAUGACAGCUAGCGACCAUAUUUCUACGCCGUCCAUGACGCUAGUACUGAACGAAGAACUAUCAGAGGCGGAUGGAGAGACCUUUGCAAAAGCCAUCAGUAUCCUUCCCCUCUCGCACGUCGUCGACAAAGCUACGGUAAAGGAACGUGUCGGUAAAGGCAUUGGCUACCGCUUAGCAAAGAUGUUCGAUAUUCACCUCCAGUUCUUCCCGUCUACCGAAUACACAAAAACUUAUGCGAUCAGCAUUUCUGACGUCCUGAACACCCUCGAGAUUAAAUUUUUACCAGUGCUCGAAAAAUUAAUCAAGAAGGAAAUUAAGGCAAAGGUUGAUCAGGAGGGCGACGCGGUACCUGAGGUGGGUGUCAAGUCUGGCGUAGUCGAAGUAGCAUCGGGCAACCCCGAUGCCGUAGCUCGCGAUGACGAUGAUGAUGACGAUGACGAUGACGACGAUGACGCAACAAAUGCCAAGCAACGCGCGAACCGAGCACAAGCAGUAUCGUAUGGUGCGAAUGAUGAUGAAGAUGAUGAGAUCCAGCAGCGAAUGGAGAGAGAGGCGUCGCCGGAGGAUGAAGAGGAGCCUGAGGACGAAGGGUUCGGCGGAAGUCCGCCUCCACCAAACGACGACGAAGACGAAGACGGCAGUACUAGUAAACGAGCCGGUGCCCGCGAAAGUCGUAUCAAGGAGAGGAACCCGGUCGUAUCUCGUUUCACAUGUGACGAGAAGAGGGGCGAGUGGUGUGAUUUCACACUCGAAUAUGAUUCCAACAUACCUAAGAUCCUCAUGUUGAGCGUUCUCCAAGAAGCAGUCCGGAAGACACUCAUACAACAAAUCGAUGGUAUCAAGUCCUGCACAUUCGUAGCCGACGAGAAGAUAGUCGACCCGCGAACUGGUGAGGAAGAAAAGAAGGCGGUUAUCCACACAUCCGGUGUCAAUCUCCGAGCCAUGCAUAAAUAUGGCGACUUCAUCAACCCCAAUAAGAUCCAGACGAACGAUAUUGCAUCAGUGCUCCAGGUGUAUGGCGUCGAGGCAGCACGUAACAGUAUCAUUCGGGAACUUAGCGGCGUCUUCGAAGGUCACGGUAUCGGUGUCGAUAAACGACAUCUCAACCUCAUCGGAGACUAUAUGACGAGGAACGGAGGGUUUACCCCGUUCAACCGCAACGGCUUGAAGGGUAACGUCAGCCCGUUCACUAAGAUGAGUUUCGAAACCACAUUGUCAUUCUUGAAGGACGCCGUUCUCGACGGAGAUUGGGAUGAUCUUACCACACCCAGUAGCCGAAUCGUCAUGGGCAGGCUGGGCAUGAUCGGCACAGGCGCCUUCGAUGUUCUUCUCAAGGCACAUCCGAAGAAUGGGAAGAACCACCUGGGCUGAGAGGUCGUAGUUAAUAAGGAAUCAAAAUAGGCGCAAUGGAAUCUUUAAAAUCUUGGUUAGGAGUACAGUUGUAUUCUUAGUGUUAGAUAUGGGGAAAUACCAGCUAUUUCACACUCAUGUCUUGUAGCUUGAGUGAAAUGAGAAAGCUUCAUCAUCAUAAGGCAAAUUCAUGUAUUCAUUAUACUUCUAGCGAAGCAGCCGUAGGAACUAUAUAUUAUCAUUGACUACGAACUUGUGACUCAAUAGAAAGAAACGUGCAUAUCGUCAACAGUAUAGUACUUCUCAUAUUUCUAAAUAUCGAAAUGUGAGAAUCAGCGUAACAUCCCGCUACAUCCUCUUCUAUUAUGGAUUAAGAUUCUUAACGAGUUUCACUAGAGAAUAAUAAACUCCAGUAAACACCUUUACACUACGACAUAGACGCGUAUACGAAUAUCAUACAGGAAAAAAUAAGGGGAAAUUAGUCAGAGCGGACGGAAUUCACUAUGCCAACAUAGACUAAGCCGGCCGCCGGGUAAAGGGAAUGUUAGUUUAAAUCUCGCUUGGUCACCCGACAUCUCGGAAUUGCUGCUGACCUAGUUGAUACA